GAUGAGUUGUGUGGAUGUUAUUUCCUGGAUUUUUUCCACCGGGCUGUGUGUUACCGCGGCCCACAGACAGCAACAGUGUGCGGAAAAGUAGAUUUGUGUGUGAAACAUAUGGCUUCAACGAGGACGACAAGCUGGAUGCUUGGUGAAGCACGGUGGUGAAGAUGGUCAGAAUGCGCUUAACGGGGCCGCUGUCAUGGGGCUGGUGCAAAUGGUCAAGUGUAACGGGAAUGGGAGUCCUGUAUCUGCUGAUGCUAUCAACCUGCCUUGGCCAAGACACGGAAGACUGGCAAUAUGAGGAAUGUAAACUUUCCCGCUCGGGUCCUCCUGCUACCAUAGUUGCCAUCGAUGAAGAAAGCCCCAAUGGAACAUUGUUGGUGGACAACAUGCACAUCAACGGUGUGGCUGAGGGUCCGGAUCGAACCAUCUCUCUGUCCCUGAGGGACAACAACGAUCGCUGGGUCAUUCUUGACCCUUCCAAACAAGCUCUUUACCUGAACAGCACGGGACGGGUGCUGGACAGAGAUCCCCCCUCGUACAUUCACUCCAUCGUGGUUCAGGUUCAGUGUACCAAUGAGCUGAUAGGCACUGUGAUUUUACACGAGGUCCGCAUUGUUGUUCGAGACCGCAACGACAACGCGCCCCGUUUCCAGCAGCCGAGAUACUACGUCGCCGUGAAUGAGCUGACCCCAGUUGGAACGACUAUCUUUUCUGGUUUCUCAGGAAACAAUGGAGCAACAGACAUUGAUGACGGUCCCAAUGGACAGAUAGAGUACACCAUCCAGUACAAUCCGAGAGACCCGACAGCUAACAGAACCUUUGACAUCCCGCUGACACUGUUUGGCUCUGUAGUUCUCAGAGAAAGACUCAACUAUGAGGAUAUAACAAGAUACCUAGUCAUCAUACAAGCUAAUGAUCGAGCCCCUAAUCCAAGUGGCCGACGAACAGCCACCACCACACUAACUGUGGAUGUACUGGAUGGUGAUGAUUUGGGUCCCAUGUUUCUACCAUGUACACUUGUGGGAAACACCCGUGAUUGUAGCCCCAUCACGUAUAAGGCUAAUGUGCUUGAGCUGACCGAGCCGAGUAAGGCAAAUCCACUCAAUGUGACUCCACCCAUACAAGCUGUGGACCAGGACAGGAACAUACAACCUCCCUCUGACAGGCCGGGGAUCCUAUAUUCCAUCCUUAUUGGCAAACCAGAGUCCUAUGUAGAAUAUUUCCGCUUAAACAGAACCACGGCAGAACUUCUGCUACUGAAGCCCAUCGACAGAGAGUACUACCGCAGAUUUGAUCUGGUGAUCAAGGCAGAACAGGACAACGGCCACCCCCUGCCAGCUUUUGCCAGCCUUCAAAUCGAAGUUCUGGAUGAAAACAACCAGGCACCCUACUUCCUGCAGCCUAGUUACCAUGGCUACAUCAGUGAGGCAUCGCCAGUGGGAACCACCAUAGCGGCCAGCGCCAGCUUAUCUGUACCACUGGCCAUAAUAGCACUGGAUAAUGAUGUGGAGGAGACUCGGGAUCCGCAGCUUCAAUUCUCACUGGACAGCUAUUCCCAUGUUUUCUCCGUAUCUGCUACUGGAAUCAAAAGAUACCUCACUCUGGUGCAGCCUGUCGACAGAGAGACACAAGACUCCUACACAUUCACGCUCGUAGCAUCAGAUGGUGUCCAGGAGAGCACUGCAGUUACCGUGGCCAUAACAGUGUUGGAUGCUAACGACAACACUCCGACUUUUCCGAACGUUUCCUAUAAUGUGAACCUGUUUAUCGACAUGAUGCCUGGAGAAGCCGUGUUACAGCUGUCAGCAUUUGACUCCGAUGCAGGUCAAAAUGGUCUCAUCACGUAUCGGAUUUUGGCGGGUCACCAAGGACACUUUGUCAUAGGCAACAGCAGUGGGAUCAUCACGGUGGCACCAGGCGUGGAGCUGAGUGUUGGGCAGAGCUAUGCGUUGACCGUAGAAGCCAUGGACAACGGGCCUGAACCUCACCGGAGGUCAUCCAUUACUACGGUCUAUAUUGAAGUUUUGCCACCAAACAACCAGAGCCCUCCUCGUUUUCCGCGACAACAAUACAACUUGGAGAUCAGUGAAGCUAUGAGGACUGGGGCUACACUUCUUAAUCUGCAGGCAGUGGAUCGGGAGAGGGACCCCAUAACCUACAAAAUCCAAAGCGGAGAUGUCCAGGGACAUUUUGCACUACAACAAAAUUCAGGCUAUUUGGUUCUGGACAAACCUCUGGACAGGGAGACUCUGGAUUAUUACACCCUGGUGGUGACAGCCUCAGACGGACACCCAGAAGGAACGUCUACAGUGACGGUGAACAUUGUGGUGACAGACGUUAAUGACAACGACCCGCUGUUCAAUACUUCCCUGCCAGUGAACCUCACUGUCAUUGAGGAGCAGAAUCACGCCUACGUUGGACAGGUUAAGGCUACAGAUCCAGAUCUGGGGGCAAGCGGUCAGGUCCAUUAUCGGCUCGUCAACCACCAGGGGCUGUUUUCCAUCAAUGCCACUGGAGCCAUUACAACUGCAGUGCCACUGGACAGAGAGGUUAAAGGCCAUUACUAUCUCACGGUUGAAGCCUGGGAUGGGGCAGAGAAUCCACGGCGAUCCAGAUUAACACUUCAUGUCACCGUUCUGGAUGUAGACGACAACAGCCCAAUAUUCACCCAACAAACUUACAAUGUCAAUCUACCGGAGAACAGCCCAAAGGGCACUGUUAUAUUACAAUUAAAGGCGAUAGACGCUGACCUCAACUCCAACCUUACUUACCGAAUCAGAACCGAAGGCUCGGACCAGGACAUCACUCAGCUGUUCCACAUCGACUCCAGAACAGGCGAGCUUUCAGUUCUCAAGGUUCUGGACUUCGAGGCUUUGGCUGAGUCAGAGCCCGCAUACACGUUCACUGUAGAGGCCCUGGACACAAAGGGAAACAUGCCUCCUGGACUAGCCUCCGUUACAGUCAGAAUAAUGGACAUGAAUGACUUUUCUCCAGUAUUCAGCCAGUCAGUGUACCGAGGCAUGGUUGCCCCUAAUGCUGUCAAGGGAACCAUCGUAACCACAGUGAUGGCCAAUGACUCUGACCCUGCGGGUACUCCAGCAGGUUUAGUGCGUUAUAAGGUGGACCAGGAGGCGUAUCCAUACUCAGCCAGUAUAUUUGGCGUAGAAGAACAGACCGGACAUGUGGUUACCAGAGUAAACCUGAACGAGGAGCCGAACAUGAAGUUCAGCCUGGUGGUGGUGGCCUACGAUCAUGGUGAGCCUGUAAAGAAGAAUACCACUCUGGUAGAGAUCACAGUCCUUCAGCCCUCUGUUAUCCCUGUCUUCACCCGGGAAGAAUACAGGUUUCUGCCAGUCAGCGAGGAGGCUGCUGUUGGAACCCCAGUGGGAGUCAUCUUAGCAGCUGCUGUCAAUCAAACUAUCGUGUACUCCAUCAUGGAAGGCAACGAGGGUGGUGUGUUUGCUUUAAAUGAAACAACAGGAGUAAUUUACACUGCCAAGCCCCUGGACUAUGAGACCAAUGCCAGCUAUGUUUUGAAGGUAGAGGCGGACUCCAUGAGAGUGGUGUCUUCAAACCUGCGAGCUCCCUCAAAAACUAACACAGCUAAAGUGGUGAUUGAUGUCCAGGAUGAAAAUGACCAUGCACCAGUAUUCACUAGACCUCUCUACAUUGGAGGAGUUGCAGAAGACGCCAAAACCUUCACCUCAGUCUUGCAAGUACAGGCCCUGGACAAAGACACUGGUAACUACAGUUCUAUAAUAUACCAUCUGAUCGCCCCCCCUCCAGCUAGUAAAGACACUAAAGACACCAAAGAUGGCUUUAUCAUUGAACCGCACAGCGGCGUUGUGAAGACGGCUAUCAUGUACCGCAAUAUGAGGAGGUCGUAUUUUAAGUUUGAGGUGGUUGCUACAGACAACUAUGGUCAAGGACACAGCAGCAAAGCGGACAUAGUGGUGUCAGUCGUGAACCAGCUGGACAUGCAGGUCGUUGUAUCAAAUGUCCCUCCUACAUACGUGGAGAAAAACAAAGAGAAGCUACUGAGCAUUUUGGAACGCUAUGUCCAGGAACAGAUACCGGGAGCAAAGGUUGUCGUGGAAACCAUCGGGCCUCACCGCCAUGGGGAUGGGAUGGAGCAGGAAGACUACACCAAGUCAGACCUUAUGAUUUAUGCCAUCGACCCACUGACGAAUAGAGCUGUAUCAAGGGAGGAGCUCUACAAGUUUCUUCAUGGUAAACUUUUGGACAUGAAUAAAGAGUUUCAGCCCUUUCUCCCUCCUGGUGGCCGGAUUUUGGAAAUCCGAACCCCUGAAGUGGUUACCAGUGUAAAGAAAGCAAUGCAGACUGUAGGCUACACAGAGGGGGCGCUGCUGGCUCUGGCUGUCAUUAUCAUUAUCUGUUGUGUACCCGCCAUACUGAUUGUCAUAAUCACCUACAAACAAUUCAAAGAGCGCCAAGCAGAGUGCGCCAAAACAGCCCGCAUCCAGAUGGCACUGCCAACAGGCAAACCUGGGGGAGGCACUGCCAACAACCUGUAUGAAGAGCUGGGUGACAACGCCAUGCGUGGAUAUGGACAACAUGAGACGCAACAACUUCUCCGACCUUCUCUGCUCCGACCUGAGGAACUAUCAAUGGAAUCUGGCAUCGAUCCUGGCCAUGACUACUACACACAGGAUUAUUACAACUAUGACCACGGGUACGACCUUCCUCAGUACGGCAGCCGCAGGAAGUUGAUCUCGCCCUCUGGCCUCUAUGAUGAAUAUGGAGAAGUCGUUGUUGACGAUGACGGCAGCUACUACUACAGCCCACAGGAGUCUGAUGGAGAGGUGAGGAGAAAAGUUCAAGGAGACAAAUUAGCUCCACACCCUUCCCACCUUCAGGCUCAACCUAUUCCAGCCCCGGGAAAGACCCACGGACACGUGAGAACUGAGGUUGACAAAAAACAAGAAGGUGGUACAACUGCUAACACUAAACCUAAGAGCUCGAGCGCGGCUACCAGGUUGAAGGCUUUGAUGCGAGUGAGUACGACGCUGUCCUCUGCGGGGAAAAAGUCUGGACAGCCUCCUGCCAUUCACCCUCCGUGGAACAAAGCCAGAAUUGGACCGAUAGAGGAGGGAGGCAGGGGAGGAGAAAAAGUGGAGGAGGGAAAAGCGGGAGGAGUGAGAAUUGGGUUUGAGAAUGGGGGAGCAGGGAAGAGGGAAAAUAAAAGAGUAGGGAGAGAUGAAGCAGUAGAAAUAAGGAGGGAGAGGGGAGGAAGAGGAGAAAUGGAAACAUGGGGGAGAAGCAACAGAGAUGGCGGCUCAAACAAUGCAGUUGGAGGAGGAGGAGGAGGCAUCAGGCCAGAGCACAGGGGACGGCUCCCUGGACUGUUGUCCUCUGGCCAGUCUUUCAGCCGGGAUGGCACCAUGGUCAUAGAUGGGAGUUAUUUCCAGAUGUCCACUGAAGCAAGCAAACCCCCAGCAAUGGAACAAAAGCUGAGCGGGGCCCUCAGUGUUAUCUCCCUAGCCAGAAGGCUCCAGGGACCAGCCAGGGUGGGAGGUGGACAGUGGAGCAACGGCGAAAGCUGGGACACAGGGAAGAUGUAUGGCUCCAUAGGAGAUAUGAGCGUUUCUGCUUUAGUGUCUGAGGGAGCCACAGGAGAGGAGGGGAGGAGGUGGGAGUUCGGAGAGCCGAACAGCUCCAUUGAGGGAUGGUGGAGAAAAGAACAAAGAUUUCGCGGCGGUGUUCAAAGUGAUUCGGAAACAGGAAGUGGCAGCAAAGAGUCUCCGUCGGAAUUCAGUUUCUCAGACGCAAGCAGCCACACAUUAGGUGUCCCGGCAGAAACAGAUGAGGCCGAGUAUGACACAGAAACAGAAAAAACUGAGUCCGACUCAGGAAACGGAAAGGAAGAGGAAAGCCAAGAUGAGCAGAGAGAGUGGUCUGAGUCUGAGACGGAAGAUGAGAGGAAAAAAAUGAGUAGAAAACCGGCAAAAAGAAAAGUUAGUGAUAGUUCUGUGAGCAGCAACAGCAGGAGACGUCAUAAAAGCAGAAGCAGUAGAGGGAGCUUUAGAAGGGAAAACAGCAGCAGACGGCGAGACAGGAGCGGCAAAGAGACUGAUAGAAACAGCAGCAGGGACUCGGAAAAUUCUAGACAUUCGCGUUCAACCGUUUCUAGUUCCAGGCCCAAAACUUCCAGACGGCCUCCACGUGAAGCAACAGAGCCAGAGAGUGAAGAAGAGAGCGAGGAAUCUGAAGAAGAGGUAAAAAGUGCUGCAUUUGGAAAGCCGUCAACGAGCAGGCAAGCUUCCAGUCACACCCAGUCGGACAUCAGCUCAGGCCCGACGGACAGCUCGGACGACUUGUCACCAAUCAUGGAGGACAGCGAAGAGGACGAGGAGGAGGAGAAAAGCAGCGACCACAAUGGGGAAGAAGCAGGGCAGCAGAAAACGUCGGGUCAAGUUGGUGUUUGACCGAGAGUACGAGACCAGCUCCACGGGUGAGGAAAGCGCGCCAGAAACCCAACGUGGGCGCUUGUCCUCCACCCACAACAGCCAAGUCAACGUUAAUGGGAGCAUCUACGUGGCCCAGAAUGGCUCCAUCAUCCGCAC